AUGUAUCAGCCCUGUAUUGCCUGGGGAGAAAUUCGCCUAUUCGAAUUGGUUUGGGGCGGAUUAAUGGUACAUCCCGGAACUAACCUCAAUUUAACAAAGCUUCACACCUCGUACCAGCGACGACCAAGAUGGGUUUCUUUGGUGUGUUGUGUUGCUGCUUCAGGCAUCGCGGACGCAGCUACAGUAUCGAUUAUUCCCACGAACGAGGAGACAAACAAAGAAACCGCCAUCGAGACUACGCAGCCGAUCAAGGAGAUAACACCACCACCGGCAUACAUUGCAGAUACUUCGUCGCCCGUACCGGAGGCUCUAUCGAAUAUAGACGUACUGGACAGCACUUCAGAGGCUCAUCGCAAAUCGAGCGAUAUCAAACCACGUGCUAUCAAGCCGCUCCCCCAGCGUAAUGAACCCAAGACAUCGUUGGAACGUUCAUCCGACAAGGGAAAAACUGUACCAUAUACAGAAAAGACGGGUUUGGGAGAGAGCAAAGACAUUGUGGACCAGACCAAAGACAUACACUCGGUCGCGUGUCUAGGGAAAGCAGUGGAUUUCCUCCCACCACCCGCUCCCUCACAACCAUAUGUAUUCGUUGCUGGUAACAGUGGCCUACAAUUCCCAAGCAAGGGUUUCCCCUCUUCUUCUUUCGCACCAGCAUCUACUUCGUCCUCGGCCUUUACUACGACUGCGUUUCCCGCUCCGACUGCUGUCUUCGGGCUCUCUCGUAGCUCACAGGACAGUGUUACACCGAGACAGACUACUACGUUACCCAUUCGAAGUUCAGCGGUAGUACCGUCAAGUGCGCCUGCACCGACUGCCGUAUUCGGGCUAACAAGUUCCCCACUACCGAUGAACGUUCCUACUCAGUCUACUCAUACCUCGGCUCAAUCGUCCAACACCUCAACGCAGUCCACCAACCUGACCAUCCCAUCUUCAUCCAUCGCCCCUCCUCCCGUCUAUACACCCACCGCCACUGCGGUCACCACCCCACCCCGUGGUACCUACUGCCCCAACUGCUCAGCCAAAAACGAGGUGCUUUCUACCAGUUCUAGCAAUCCCCUCAAUGCCGGCCGUGCAUACCGCUUAUGCAGCUGCUGCGGCAGCUGGAACGGCUUCGCCGAUACGCGCGGUCUGACACCAGGGCUAUAUUGUCACUGUAGUCCACCGGCGGAGUUGAGGCUUGUGGCUAAGAACAAACAGGACCGUUUGGGGAGAAGAGAGGCGUUUUACAGUUGUCAGUAUAAGGCUUGUGGGGCUUGGAGCAAUCACGUGGAUGGGUUUGAUGUGACGUUGUUCACGGAGACGGAGAUUAGGCAGAUGAUUAGAGAGGGGAGGAUUUGA